GGGACAAUCAAGAAGGGAAAUGACAGAGAUUGUGGGAGGGAAUCAAGAAAAAAAAAAGGCUGAAGGAAAAUGAGGGUGCAAAAGGAAACGAAUGAGAGAAGGGAAAAAUCAAGAGAGAGGAGGAAAAGGCGCGAGGGGCAAACGCGAGAGAAGCGGAGGAGAGGCGAGUGAGGGAGGGGCAACGGUCGGAGGGAGGCGGGGGGGCGAGCUGCUCAGGCGGGAGCUGGAAGAGCGCGGCUUGACGCAGCAGCAGCAGCAGCAAAUUGAGCAGGAGCAAGACAGAGCCAUCCCUAUCUCGUCCCUCUUAGUGCACCAAAGGCGCGUGUAGUGCGCGCCAGGCCGCGCGCGCCAGGCUCGAGCCUUGCGGACGGCCCCCUUGAGGCAGCGGCGGGCGCAGCCUUUGGUGUGGACGGCGAGGCGAAAGAAGGCGCUCCGGCAGCGAGGAGGGGAGCAGGAGCAGCAGCAGCAGCAGCCACCGCCUCCUGCUCCGUCGCUUCCCCCCCGCCUUCCCUCCAGCAUGAUGUUCGCCCAGCAACAGCAGCAGGAGCCGCCGCCCGCUCGGGGCUGAGUCGCCUGCCGCCUGGUGAGGCAGGCGCUAGGUCACUCCUUCCUCCUCCUCCCCCUCUUGCCCCCCUUCCCCGGCGAGGCGGGCCGAGGCAGCUGGGCUGGCCGUCGGCCCCCCUUAGUUCUGCGGUGCAUGUUCUCUCCCUGCGAGUGCGUGAGGCGAGGCGGCAGGAGGACCAUGAAAAUGAUCCGGUUCCGGAGCUCGAGCAUCAGGUCCCUGAGCCAGGAGAUGAAAUGCACCAUCCGGCUGCUGGACGACUCCGAGAUCUCCUGCCACAUUCAGAGGGAGACCAAAGGUCAGUUUCUCAUAGAUCAUGUUUGCAAUCACUACAGUUUGCUAGAAAAAGACUACUUUGGCAUUCGUUAUGUGGAUCCUGAAAAGCAACGGCACUGGCUUGAGCCCAACAAAUCUAUCUGCAAGCAAAUGAAAUCUCAUCCACCAUAUACCAUGUGCUUUAGAGUGAAAUUCUACCCACAUGAACCUUUGAAGAUUAAAGAAGAGCUCACCAGGUACCUUUUAUAUCUACAAAUCAAAAGAGAUAUUUUCCAUGGCCGUUUGCUGUGCGCUUUUUCUGAUGCUGCCUACCUGGGUGCAUGCAUUGUCCAAGCUGAGCUUGGUGACUGUGAUCCUGAUGAGCACUUGGACAAUUACGUUAGUGAUUUUAAGAUUUUCCCCAAACAAUCCCAAAAGCUGGAAAGAAAAAUAGCUGAAAUACAUAGCAGUGAAUUCAGGGGUCAGAGUCCAGCUGUAGCUGAAUUUAAUUUAUUAUUGAAAGCACAUUCUUUAGAAACCUAUGGUGUUGAUCCUCAUCCUUGCAAGGAUUCAACAGGGACCACAACAUUUUUAGGAUUUACAGCCACAGGUUUUGUAGUUUUCCAGGGAAAUAAAAGGAUACAUUUGCUAAAAUGGUCUGAUGUCUGCAAAUUAAAGUUUGAAGGCAAGACAUUCUAUGUGAUUGGAACUCAAAAAGAGAAAAAGGCUAUGCUGUCAUUCCAUACCUCUACACCAGCAGCCUGCAAACAUCUUUGGAAGUGUGGAGUGGAGAACCAGGCUUUUUACAAGUAUGCAAAAUCCAGCCAAAUCAAGACUAUGUCCAGCAACAAAAUAUUUUUUAAAGGCAGCAGGUUCCGAUACAGUGGAAAAGUUGCCAAAGAGGUUGUUGAAGCAAGUUGUAAAAUCCAGAGAGAGCCACCUGAAGUGCACAGAACCAGCAUUACGCAGAGUCGCAGCUCUCAUUCUUUGAACAAACAACUGAUUAUUAAUAUGGAGCCUUUACAACCUCUUCUUCCAUCCUCAGAUGACCAGGAAGACGUUCUUUCUGAUGAAGGGGAAGACCCUGCCAUCAGCUCCCACCUGGUCCAGCAUGACCCCAUCCCUGUGUUCCUUCCUGGAAGCCUGGCAGCUUGGGAAUCCUUCUCCAUGCCGCGUGAAACUCCCUCCCGUGUUCGUAACCCCAAGUGUCUCGGUAUCCAGCUGCCGAAGGAAGAUGAUAUUUCAAUACCUAUGAUAUCUAACUCUCCCUCUAAGGAAGGAGAUGAUAGUUCAGAUCUUUCCAUUGAGGAGGAUGAGAAAAUCAAGGAGGAACCUUUGACAAUCUCUGAAUUGGUAUACAAUCCAAGCACCAGCUUGCUCCCCACUCCCAUUAAUGAUGAGGAGAUCGACCUACUCUUUCAAACUUCUCCAAGGUCAGACAAUGAGAAAGAAGAUACAGAUUCAUUUGAGGAACUUGAGGCAGAUGAAAAUGCAUUUUUGGUUGCAGAAGAAGAGGAGCUGAAAGAAGCUCGGAAAGCACUUAGGUGGAGCUAUGACUUUUUGAUGGGCAACAUAAAGGUAAAUGCUGUCAUUAAGAGUUGUUCCAGACUUCUUCUCGUUGGGCUUGGAAUAUUGCUGGUUGUUUUCCCUCUUCUGCUUGUGCUCUUGGAAUCGGACCUUGAUAUCUCCUUCCUCCAUGAAAUCCGCCAGACACCAGAGUUUCAGCAGUUUCACAUUGAAUAUUACUGUCCUCUUAGACAGUGGGUGACUUGCAAAAUAAACUUUGUUAGUCACUUGUUUGGCAGCUCUUAAAGGUUAAGAAUAUGCGACAUGACUAAGGGCUACAUUCAAAACUAGUGAAUUUCAGUCAGAACUAGGUGCUUGCAAUAUUCUUGAGGCCAUCAGACAUCAUUUUGAUCUAUAGUGGACUUCAACAUUCUUAAGUUUCCUUUCCAUAACUAAAUAGUUGAUUUAGCUACAUGGUGGCCUUUCAAUAACCAAAAAGCAAUUUGAUUUUUAUUUGCUCUUGUCUGUUUUUAUCAAUGAUUGAGCAGAACUGAAAUUUAUCAUCUGCACCAUUACAAGCCAUGAUGUAUUACAUUUAAGCAUUAGCAACAGAGAGAAGAUGAUACUUUUGAAUAUACUCCUUAGUAAAACAAUCUCUACUAACCAAUGCCUAUACAAGCAAUGUUGAUUGCUGGGGUUUCUUUCUUGGUUUGAUUUUUUCAUUUUUAAAAAUAUUUUUAUGUGUUUACAAGAUUUUGGUAAAUUUUUAGCAAAGACAACUUCUGAAGUUAUUUAAAUGUACAGAUUGGUAAAAUAAAUGUACAAGGGCAUGUCAUGAAUUUUAAAAAUGUUUUAGCAAUGCUUUUAAAAAAAUCCAAGAAUGACGUUCUUAGAGAUCUGCACAUGGUGGGUAACUGGGGUAGGAUAAGUAGGAUGUUCACUUAAGUGCAGGUAGGGUCUGUUGGAUAGAGAUGAAAUGACACAAAAUGAUUAAAAGCCUGAGGAUAGCACUACACAUUAUGAAGUAAAUCUGGGGUAAGUAAACACUUUCCCAGUGUUUGUCUUGUGAUGCUAAUAUGGGGGCCAUUUGCUGGGCAGAACUGGCUGGAAGGAAAAAAUGCUUAAUCCUUCUUCCAUCCACUGAUUCUUCUCUGCAACUCCUUCAUUCCCAGGAUCAUUUUUCUAUUCUUUGCCCCCUAACUGGGUGCCAAGACUAGAAGAAGCCCAGCCUAAGGGAAAAUCAGCCGAUUUGUAGGGGGAAACCAGUGCAUGCAGGAAUGAGGUGACCACCUGUUCUUCCUCUGGACCUCCCAUGCAAAGACCCCCCACCAACUUACAUUUAUAUUGACAGGUGCACACAUCUUAACCAGGAUAUAUUGUUUCAUUCUGGUGGUUCUAAAGCUGAAGAGGAGUCUGUGGUUUUGACAAGAAGGCAAUUCAGCUUUUUCCUGUGGUUCGCCACCUGACACUUAGUCAGUGGUAAUGAGAAGUCUUUGCAAGGCAGUGCAAGUACAGUUUUGUAAGAGGUUUAGGGAUCUUUGGAUUAAUUGUAAAUUAUUGUACAUAAUAUAGAGAGGUGGCUUUAAAAUGUCUAGAUAGACCUACUUAAAUAGGUAAGUUAAAAAUAAACCAGUCUUUGGGAUUUGAGGGUAAGGAAUAAUUUUGCAGAGUCUGUCUCUAAAGACAAAGACUUCUCAAAAUCAGUUCCCCCAUCAGAAUCCAAGACAUUUGGAAACAACUUUCUUAGUCCCUGAUUCCAUUAAUUACUGUUUCAUAACAACUCCCAGAGUCACCAUUUCAUGUUAUUAUUUCCUGUGCAUACUGUCUGUCCUACCCAAUAUAAGUGAGAAUGGAUGCACAUGAUUUAUUCAUAAAUAUGUCCCUAUGGCAGUGGUGUGUGGUUAUCUAUGUUGUCUUGAUGUGCUGAGGAUUGUAGCUCCUGUGUAGCUCUAAAUUCAGAAGAAUAAAUCUAUAAAUGCAUAAACAUCAUGUGUGUGUAGAAAGCUCAAUAGAUCCUAGUACCCAGCUUUGAAAGAAAACACAUUUUCAUUUUUUAUUCUUCGUUGUUGAUUGCUCAGUACAGUACUUUCCCCUUCUCUUUAACUAUACCAACAAAAGACUCUCAGUCCUGACUCAGGUAAACCUCCCAUUGAAGAAGUAGCAGCUGGUGAAGGUGGCAGCGGCGGAGGGCAGGAAGAGGCACUUUAAAAAAUACAUUCGCAGGUGUUUACCAGCGUUACCACAGCACCUUCAAACUGUCCCAAGCAGUGGUGCUCUGCCCUGUAUCCCGUGCGGAGUGGCGAUGCUCUGCCCAGCAUUCCACAUGCGGAGGCAGUGCAGCCCUGGCCUCUGUGCAUGCACAGAGGCCAGGACCACACUGCUGCCCCACACAGGAUGCCGAGUGGAGCGCCACUGCUUGGUGCUGUAGUGACGCUGGUAAGCACGUGCUAAUUUUUUUUAAAGGUGUCUCCCACUGCUCCUGUCACUACCGCCACCUCCACCCUCACCGGCUGCUACUGCGUUGAAGUCAGUGGAUGUUUCCUGUUUGAAAAAUACAUUCACUCUUCAAAAUAGUUGCUAUUUAUUUGUUCUAGAGAAUGUAUCCAUGUAUAAGUACUUUCCCCUGCAAUCCUAUGUGUAUUUACUUGGGAAUAAUUCUUAUUAAUUUCAGUGAGAUGAUAACCCUAUUCACAUGUUAUGUUCAGUACUCCUACAAUGAGUGUAUAGUGUACACAGGUACAGAUUUGUACACAGGGACAAUUAUUCACAUGUUACGCUGAACACAGGUGCAGCAAUAAACUUCAUAAGAACAUAAGAACAGCACUGCUGGAUCAGGCCCAAGGCCCAUCUAGUCCAGCAUCCUGUUUCACACAGUCACCCUCCAGAUACAUCUGGAAAGCCCACUGGCAAGAGCUGAGGGCACGCCCUCUCUCCUGCUGUUACUCCCCUGCAACUGAUACUUAGAGGCAGCUUGCCUCUGAAGCUGGAGGUGGCCUGUACAGCCCUCAGACUAGUAGCCGUUAGACCUGUCCUCCAUGAACUUAUCAUGGAGGACAGGUCUAUCUGUCCUCACCUUUAAAGGUUCACCUUUAAAAUCAAUGCAGCUACAGUCAUUCUCACAUGUGUGUACAGACAUCACCACACACAUACAACAUAAUGUUUGAAUGGGGCUCUACUCUCCCUAGUAUGUAUGCAUAAAAUAUCUCUGUCAUUCAUCUUGACAGCAACCAUGUUUCAUAGUUUUAUUAUGAACAGUCUAACCUGUUGGCUGUAUAAUAUUUCUUAGAAAUCAUCUUUAACUUGUAAAAAUAAAUGCAUGGCACAAUUUAGGUCACAAUUCAGUGUGGUUAAGUCCUAGUGAUUCUCAUGCAGUUAAGUGUGCUUAACUGCACAUCAGAUUGUCUUUAAUUUUUACAGUGAAUGUUCUGUUCUUCUGUAUAGAGGAAACUUUGAGGCCGUUCACACAACCUACCGGGCAUGCAUGCAGUGGAAAGACUUCCCAAAUCUUGCCUCCCACCCCCCAGACAAUCCUUCAUGGCUCAGUGGGAGUGCGCUCCACGCUCCCACACAGUCAGCCCUGCUCCGCACGGAGAUUGGAGGACAGGACUCAUUGUCCCAGCCUCUGUGAAGCCCACAAUGCAGCGCUGCAUUGUGGGAUACUCCCAAGAGUGCCCAGCUCUGUUUGCAGCCAGGUGGGAAGCAGGUAGCUGGGGUAAGGGAGUGCUCACUCCCUUAACCCCGGCUAACAGCUGGGCUUAAAAGCCAGGCUAGGCAGUGCUGGCCCGCUGGAAUUGGGUCAAAUUCUGGCAGUUCUCAGGCACAGCUUAAACUAGGCUGUGCAUCCCUAGCCUGGGUUAGGCUGAGUGUGAGAACAGCCUCACUGAGUUCCUGGUCCAGGUCUCUGUGGGCAAUCUGUGUGUGCUUCAGAACUCCCUCAAGUUAGUUGCUGGAUCAGGGUGCAAGUCUCAGAUUUGUUACCUCUUCUGUCCAUUUGACUAGAUUGGAAACUUUCCCCAUAUGAUUUGCCUUUGCUUGUCCUCCAUCUCCUGAAAAACAAUGGUAAAACCCUAGUUCAUUUUUAGAAAAACAUUUUUUCAGCAGUAUCUUUUAGUGUACGUAACUGCCUCCCUUCAAGCCAAUGGUGGGGCAGGGGUGGCUUUAAGGAUGGGGGAGGGUGCACUUAUCACCCCCCCUGCACUUACCCCCCAUGCUUUGCCCUCCAGCACUCUGUGUAUAACUAGUCCAGCGGAACAGCAGCGUACCUCCUUGUUGCCCUGUUGUUUCACUGUCCGGAAGUGCCUUGUGUGGUGACUGGAAGUGCCGUGCAUGCAUUGUGGGUGAACACACGUUGCACGCACACACAACAUGUGCACACGUGCAUGGCACUUCCAGUCAGUGAAACAAUGGGGCGGCAAGGAGGUACAGUGCCACCCCGCCGGACUAUUUAUACACAGAGCACCGGAGGGGGAAGUGCACCCUCCCACAUCCUUAAAGCCACCUUCGUGUUCAAACCAGUUCAAAUGUGGGGGUUCUAAAAAUAGAAUGCCGAACAGGUUCAUGUAUAUCCCUAGUAUCUUUAUUAAUUGUUCCUGUGUGUCUCAACUGUUGAAGACUUUCUUUGUUUUACCUUAAAGUCCUGACUGUCCUAACUUACACAUUCUCAUUGUGAAUAAUUCCCAAUCAGUUAUUUGAUGCUUAUUUAAUCAGUUUGUACCUUCUAAAUGAAUCCUCUCCUUUGAAACAAGAAUCUAUUAAGGAAAGUCUGUCUCUAGUUUCCAAAACAAAUACAACAGUCAUCCACAUUUUAGGCGCUUAUGGUUAUAGAAGUAGGCAACAUAGAGCUUGCAUAUAGUGUGCAAAAAAUAUAACCAAGCUCUAUAUCCUGGGCCAUAUAUACAUAUACAAAUAAAUAUUUAUAUUUACUGUGGCUACAAUCCUAUUAAAACUUACCUGGAAGUAAGCCCAUUGGAUAUAGUGGGAAUCACUUUUGAGCAAGGCUGAAUAAGCACAUAAGGAUUUUGGAGUAAGCCCCUUAAUUAUGAACAGUUCGGUCCUGAGUUGUAAAAUGUAAUUUUGUCCAUGUCAUAGAGCAGCAGAAGCUAUUUGGAGAAUUUGUUUAUUAUAUGAUUUCAUUUGAUCAGGGAAGGUUUGAGCUGCAUGAGGAACAGAUUACCUCAGAGAAUGAACUGUGCAAUAAGGAUAUAUGUAGGGUUAAACUCAAGUGCAUGUACAUGGAAUGUAUAGAUGUAUAUACACAUCCUUGACCCUUUAUAGUUUUCUUACGGUGAAUUCCAUCAAAUAAUGAGUGCUUGUAUGAUACAUCUUUUCUAGAGAUCAGAUAAAAAUUAAAAGAGGUUGGGGAGGGGGGGUGUAUAUAAUCUACAGCAUGUACUGCAUAGAGUGAAACUAAGUCUUGUAUCCAGAGUUGGAAAUGACAGCACUUGCAUAUGAAGAGUUCAUAGGUACAGUAUUGUGUAUUUCUGUCUGUGCUUGGAAUAUAUUGUAAAAUGUUAUGUACUUGAAAUCUAUUUUGUGAUUUGUCUGAUAUUUAUAAACAACUCUGGGAAGAAUAAAAUAGAGUUUAUUUCAUUGAAAUGCAAACACACACAAAACCUAGGGGAAGAUGUACCUGUAAACUUGAGCCUUAUCUUUGUAAAGUGAAUUUCACAUUUCUAUGUCAACAUCUUGAUUGUUUUAUAUGUUCGUAUAAUGAUAGGACUCCCUAAUAAAAAAAAAUACACUGAAAAAAGCCACCCUGCCAUGAUAUACUCUUUAUUGUAUAAUAAAGUUAUUUGCUAAAGGACA